CGUAAACAUAAGGCCACGGGUGGAGGUGUUGUAGACAGUGAGGUGCUACAACAGUUUGACCACUUUUGUCUGAACACCACCAUCAGAAAUCAGGUGGGUCAGCAGCUCUAGCAGCAACUGUGGUCAACAGUUCCCACAAUCCCCAGAUAGGAUGUUCCUGUGGGCAGGAAGUAAAGCAACAGACGGAAGAAGUGAGCGCAGACCCGUCUACGGGAAGAGUCGGGAAUAUGACGUCCUGGACAAGAAGAAGACUGUGACCGCUCUGAAGGCCGGGGAGGACCGAGCCAUCCUGCUGGGCCUCGGCAUGGUCGUCCUGUCUGUCAUGAUGUACUUUGUCCUGGGAAUCACCAUCCUGCGCUCCUACGCCGACCGCGUGUGGACAGACGAGACCAGCUGCACCGUGGUGAACUCCACCAUCGUGUGCGACGUGAACUGUUCGUACAGCUGUGGGACGGAGUGCUGGGGGAGUUCCCGUUACCCCUGUCUCCAGGUCUUCGUGAGCCUCAACUCCUCGGGAAAGGUGGUACGACUGUUGCACAACGCGGAGACGCAGGACAUCGACGCUGAGUGCUUCUACAUCCCAAAGUGCCGCAGGGACUACGCAGCCACGCACGUGGUAGUUCAGAACAUUUCGGAGCGCCUCAGGUCUCAGCACACGGUUCAGUGUUUCGUGGACCCCACGGACCGAAUGGACAGCGCCAUCCUGACACAGAUGUACGGUCGGGGAGCUGUCUUCCACUCCCUGUUCUGGCCAACCUGCACCUUGAUUGGAGGAAUCAUCAUCAUCGCCAUGGUGAAGCUGAACCAGUACCUGUCCAUCAUAUGCGAGCAAGUGAGCCGCAUUAAGAGGUGA